UCUUCUCGGCAUUUGUCUUCUGUUGACCUUACCGAUGAUAUAAAGAAGUUUACAAGCCGUUCUGUUGCCCAGAGCCCCGUGCCUCGGCGUCUGAAGUGCCGGUACGUGCGGGACAGCCCCCAUCUGUACAUCAGUCCGGCCAGGGUGGAGGUUCUGCACAGGAGGAACCCUCAGAUACUUAUGUACCAUGACGUCAUCACGCAGAAGGAGGCCAAAAAGUUCAGGACUGUCGCAUUUCCCAGGUUUAAAAGAUCGACGAGCAUGGAUGAUCAGGGUCUAGUCUACAUCGACAAAUACGCAGUCAGUGAAAAGGGAGUCAUCACUGACGCUGAGGAACCGUUUAUCGCGAAGAUGAGCCGCAGAGUUGGUCAGCUGACCGGGCUGUCCACGGAACUGCCGCAUGCAGAACCGAUCAUGGUCCUGAAUUAUGGUCUCGGAGGCGCCAUUCAACAUCACCUGGACUACUUCGCGGAAGUCUACCAUCGCUACACAGCCAUAGAUGGGAACAGGAUGAUGACCUUCUUAACCUACUUAAAUGAAGUAGAAGCAGGCGGUGCCAUAGUCUUCCCUGAGAUAGAUCUCAUCACUCCCGCUGUGCAGAACGCGGCCCUGCUGGUCCAGAACCUGAAGAAGUCUGGAGACUACGAGCCGCUGUCCCUUCACGCGGGGUGUCCGGUCCUCAUGGGCUCCAAGUGGACGGCUGUCAAGUGGAUACGGGAGUAUGGGAACGAGUUCAAGAGGCCUUGUAGUCUCUCACCAGACGAGUGAUAGUCUCGCAGAGAUGUUAUGAUUACUAUCUCUACAUUCAUUUUUCAUCACGCCUUAUAUGUGUGCCUUUUUUGCACGAUUUAUCUACUUAAAAUAAGUACUUGGACCAUUGUCAUUAUGCUACUAAUAUCUCAUUUUCAAUUUGUUUAGGAAUUUUGAAUUAGUAUUCUGUGCCAUUCUUCUGACCUUGGUCGAUGGCAACAGUCUACAGAUUGUGAAAUAUGAGAAUAUCGGUGAUUAGUACAUCUCCG